AUCCCUAAGGGGUGGGGCGGCGGGCGUGCGGGAAUUUUUUUUUUCCUUUUUCGGAUUGGGUCCGGUGACCCCGCCGGAAAACCCUAGGCGGGCGGCGCGUCCGCCAUGUUUCCGCCGAAGGGGUCCAACCCCUAUGGGCAGCAGCAGGCGUACGGAGGAGGGCAGCAAUCUUAUGGCCAAAUCCCUGGAAGCAGUGGUGGGUUUUCGGCCUCGGCCGCAGCGGCUGGUGCUGAUGGUAGCCGAUUUGGUGCCCGUGUCGGGCAGGGGGCUACUGGGCAGUAUGGAGGGCCUUACGCUUCGGUGUACGGCACACAGCAGGUUGGUGGACUUGGUGGCAAAGGUCCAGCUUCUAGUAUUCCCAAUCUGCCUGAGCCAUCCAAGUUCUCAUCUGGAUCUGUAGGGUCCAGCAUGGCAAGACCAAAUGAUGACUAUAUGGCUGUGCGUGGUUAUGGACAGAAGAUAGACCAGUAUGGUAGUGACUAUACAUUAGAGAGAAGAAUGUAUGGUGAUCACUCAGCUAAUCUUGGCAGGAGAGAUGGGCUUACUGAUUUGGAUAGAAGAUAUCCUGAACAUAUUUCUGGAGGCCAUCAGAUCCAUGAUCGUAUGGAGCAGGGUUCAUCAAUGCGCCAUCCACAGCUGUUGAAAGCCCAACUGCAGUCUGGAUCUGAUAUAAGACAAGCCGAUUACUUUGCAGGGAGGUCUGCCCCAAUUCAUCAAGGAUCACAAGAUAUUGGUGCGUAUGGAAGAGUUGAAGCUGAUCAUCGCAACUUGUCCAUUCUUGGGACCGCCCCAUAUGGAGGACAACAGUCAGCUUCGUUGUUGGGAGGAGCUCCUAGGGCAAACAUCGAUAGCCUCUCCUAUGGACAAGGGUCAUCAAGCAGUGGUUAUGGGAUGGGUCUGCCUCCUGGACGUGACUAUGCCUCAGGAAAAGGUCUUCUCCAUCCUUCUUCGGAUUCUGAUUACCGAGAUAGCAUUUUAUCCCGUGUACAUCCAGGCAUCUCCAUGGUUGAUGAACGUGCUGUUGAUCGGGUUGGCUAUCGUCGCGAAAUGGAUCUAAGAGAUGAGGAGCGUCGAAGGGACCUAAUACUGGAAAGAGAAAAGGAGCGUGAACGUGAACGAGAACGAGAGCUGCGAGACCUACGAGACCGUGAAAGAGAGCGUGAAAGGGAAAGGGACCGUGAAAGACUAAGAGAACGUGAAAGAGAAAGGGAACUUGAACGUGAAAGAGAACGUCUUCGUGAACGGCGCAUGAAGGAGAGGGAGCGGGAUAGGAAGCACCCUGCUGAUUCAAGGAGGGAGCACACUCCACCUAGAACUCCUGCUGAUCGGCGGCGUUCUUCUUCUGUUAGAGCUGACAAGCCUUUGCGGCGACUUUCACCUCGGCGUGAUGCUGUGCAUAGGCAUCGUUCACCCGUUAAAGAAAUUAAGAGAGAAUAUAUUUGCAAGGUUUUGCCAUUUCGCUUGGUGGAUACUGAGAGGGACUAUUUAUCUUUGACAAAAAGAUACCCUAGACUAGCAAUUGCUCCAGAUUUUUCUAAGAUUGUCUUGAAUUGGACUAAAGAAAGCCUAAAUCUUUCACUACACACACCAGUGAGUUUGGAGCAUGGCAUCCAUGAAGUUGAUGAUAGUACUGAUGAAGGAGCAGUGAUCAGCUCUGGGAAAACAUCAAGCACCAAGAUUCCCGAAAUCAUUUGGAAUGCAAAGGUGCUUUUGAUGAGCGGCAUGAGCAACAGUGCCUUUGCUGACAUAACCUCAUUGAGAAGUACAGACGAACGAGUGGUGCACCUGAACAAUAUCUUAAAAUUUGCUGUAUUCAAGAGGGAUCGUUCACUUUUUGCAAUUGGGGGCCCUUGGAAUGCAGCAAUAGAUGGUGGAGACCCUGUGGUUGACUCUUCUUGCUUGAUUCAGACUGCUAUCAGACAUGUCAAGGAACUGGUUCAAGUUGACCUCUCUAAUUGUAACCAGUGGAAUCGUUUUCUUGAGAUCCAUUACAACAGGGUUGGCAAAGAUGGACUCUUCAGUCACAAAGAAAUUACUGUACUUUUUGUGCCAAAUCUGUCAGAAUGCCUACCUCCAGUGGAUUUAUGGAAGAACAAUUGGAUUGCAUAUAGGAAAUCAAGGACGGAAAAGGAGCAGCUGCUUGUGAAGGAGAAGAGCCCAGCUGAUGCAAUCAAACAGAAGCAAGGGGAGCUGAGCCAGAGUAAAAGUACUGAGGUUCAUCAAAAAGAGGAUGCUGGCCAUAGUGCUACUGAAAGUAUGAAAGUUGAUAGUGAUAUGGAUCAGCAGGGCAAAGAUGGAAAGGAUAAUCUUGCUGAGCCUGAUGGACAAAAUAUUGAUAAAGUCGAGGAACAUGUUGAGAAGAAGGGUGGGGGUGUUGACCAUGGUACUGAGGAUAAAAAGCCCAUGAAAAAGAAAGUGAUUAAAAAGGUUGUGAAAGUAAUUCGGAAAAAGCCAACCGGCGAAACUUCAGCUGAUAAAUCAUCUCAGGAAAACAAGAAAACUUUAGCAGAAACUGCUAGUAUAGCUGUGGAAGAGCAGGUCCAGCAAAAGAGCGGGGAUACUGGAAAAGAGGCUGAGGGCAAGAAACCUGGAAAGAAGAAAGUAAUUAGAAGGGUUAUUAAGAAAAAGGUUCCUGCUUCAGCUCGUGAUUCAACUGCCCCUGCUGAAACAAGUAAGCAAGCUGUGGAGGUUCAGCCAGAGAAGAAUGAAGGCUUGAGUGGUGCUGUGAUUUCAGAAGCUGAACUUGAAGAAGGUUCAAAAGCUCCUGCUGAAGACAUCUCAAAACAGAACAAAGAACAGGAACUGGAGGAAACGGGGAAUUCAUUGACUGUCGACCAGAAAUGCGAUGGGGAUAAAGCUAAGCAGCAAGAGGUUAUGAAACAAAAAGAUCUAAAGCAAGAUGGGAAAAAUGGAAAGAAUGAUAAGACGAAGGAUGAUAAAGAGAAAAAGAGUAGAGAUCAGAAGACGGAUUCGAAACAAAAGUCGCUCACUGACAAUAAAGAAAAAAAGAAAUCUGAUGAACCUCCCAAACAUCCAGGAUUCAUUCUUCAGGCAAAAAGGAGUAAAGACUCUAAAGUCCGUUCAACAUCCCUUUCAUUGGAUGGCCUCCUUGACUAUACAGCCAAUGAUCUGGAGGAGUCAGUAUUUGAGCUUUCUUUGUUUGCUGAGACGUUCAGUGAAAUGCUUCAACACAAGAUGGGUUGUAUUAUAUUAUCAUUUCUUGAGAAAUUGUAUAAGCACUAUGUUGUGAAGAGAAAUCAACGUAAGCGCCAAAGAGAGGAGGAUCUAAAGAAGGAAGACAAGAAAGCAUCAGAGAAGCGACUCAAGACAAACGAUGAAACCUUAAGUGAAAGUACCCCUAGUAAUCAAGGGGAAAGUGUUGAAAUGAUAAAAGUGGGCAAGGGUACAGGUCAUUCAGCUGGCCAAGCCAACAAAGAUGUUGAUACAGAGAUGAGUGGAGAUCCCUCAGCAGCUGCCCAGGAUGAACCGGCAAAAGAGGGCAAGGAGAAGAUGAGUGCAGAUCACUCGAUAAUCCCCGCUAAAAAACUGAUUAAAGAGGGUGAGGAAAACAUGAACACAGAUAAUUCAGCAGCUGUACAUGAUGAGCCUGGAGCUGACGAGGAAAUGGAGGACGAAGAGCCUGAAUAUGAAGAGGAUCCUGAAGAAGUAGAAAUAUAUGAAGAUGAUGAGAUGGAUGAAGCUACUGCCGAAGAACCUGUAGAACAGAAUGAAGAUAACGUGAAUGAUAAAGCCAAGCAAGAAGUAACUACUGAAGAGGAUGGAAACAAGAAUACAGAGGAGCGUGAGUCAGAAAACAAUGCUAAUGUGCAUGAAAAAUCUGCUUCAGAAGAGGAUAAACAGUCCCCAGCUGAAAAAUCCGCUUCAGGCGAGGGCAAGCAAUCUGUAUCAGAUAAAAGUGAAAAGGCAGUUGGUAAGGAGGCAAAGACAACUAGAUCACAAAAGGGAGAUUCAGCAAAAGAUGAGGUCGUUGAUAAGGAGCUGCUGCAGGCUUUUAGGUACUUCGACCAAAACAAAGCUGGUUAUUUGAAGGUGGAUGAUUUAAGGUGUAUACUUCACAACUUGGGGAAGUUUUUAUCUAACAGAGAUGUGAAGGACUUAGUUCAAAUCGCCCUUGUUGAGAGCAAUUCUGCGAGGGAUAAUCGCAUUAUCUAUACAAAGCUUGCGAAGAAAGUUGACCUCUGAUCAUGUCCGGCCGUUGAGAUGGAAACGCAAAUUAUCCACAUAACCUUCUUUGAAGAUGAGCUGUGAGGUAUCGCCAGCCAGGCGAUGUCAAUUGAAGUUACUUACCGAUAGGCUCUCGUUACAGUCAUGAUAAUUAGUAGCUAGAUAUCAUGGUUAGCUGGAUGGGAUCUUUCUUUUGUGAAAAUGUUUUCACCAUAAACAUGGCAAACGUUGCUAUCCGUUUUGUAUCAUUGCGUGCGUAGUCGGAAAAUUUUCAUCUGGUUUAAGCAUGCCCAAGGAGGAACGUUUUACACUUGCUUUA